CCUCUCGGGGGCGCCGUGACAGAAAUUCAUCUCAGCUCCGUCAACGGAAAUGGAGCGCCGGCUUCCGGUAAUGAACGUCAACAAUUAACAGUGAAGGAGAAGCUGCGCCUCAAAUAUUAUUCACCACUUCGAAGUUCCUCGUUGUCGUUUACUAUGCUCUGACUAAUCUCUUAAUUUACACCGUGAGAGUUGUCCGAUUACGCGGCAUCUGUUCAGUGGAUUGCUCAGUCUUGAACCACUAAGAGCACCAAAGAACCGGUGUUCCCCAGCAAGCUGAGCCGUCACCAUGGAAACCCAAACAGAGGUUAUUCCUAUCUGGCAGAACAAGCCUCACGGAUCCACUCGCAGUGUGGUUAGGAGAAUAGGCUCCACUCUUCCGCUGAAACCCCCACAAAGGGCGUGUUUCCAGGAACUACCAGGCCUGCCCGCUCUUCGUCCUCGGGACGGCCCCAUGGUUCCCACUUUGGCAGAUAUUGCCUGGAUUGUCGCAGAUGAAGAGGAAACGUAUGCCAGAGUGCGGAGUGACAGUCGCCCCCUGAAACACGAGUGGAGGCCCACGCCGCUCCUGGUGCUGCACAGGAACUCGUCGGUGCCCAACUUUCGCCGUGAGGGCAAGCGGGUGGAGGGCCUAAAGAAGCCCGGGCUAACCGCCCUCAACCGCACCACCGCUCUGCAGGAUGAGCUGAGCAGACUUCGAGCACAGAUCGCAAAGAUUGUUGCCGGCGAUACUGGGUCCAACCCCUUGACUCCGGACCUGCUCUCCCCCGACGACACCUCAAUGAGUUUUUCUAUGGCGCCCUUUGAGACCGCACCGUACCAGCCAGCGGCCGCCGCCUCCGCCUCUUUCGUCAUCAGCGACGUGACUGAGGAGGACGAAGAGGAGGAGGAGGAGGAAGACGACGACAAGGACAUGGUGUCGGUGGUCUCGGAGCUGGUCCCCGACCCCCUGCCGCCGGUCUCCAUGACGGGGUCGGCCACCUUCGACCUGGACAGGCCCAGCAUGGACUACCGUGAGGCGGAGGAGGACACGGUGUCGCUGUCCAAGUCCACCAGCUUCGCUGACGUGAUGGAUAUUCUGAAGGACAUGAAUCGCAUGAAGAUGAGCAAAGACAGGUAUAACAGAGGCUGUACUUCCUUGAGGAAGAGGACUCUGCCUCCCUGAUCUCCGAAGCUCUGAGGAAAAAGUUUGUCCUUAAGGAAGAAGACAGCGUUGCCGUCAAGCGGAAAUAGCUCAACCUCGCUUGCUCUUCCUGCUACUCCAUGCCUUUUCCCAUGAACUGUCAUGGACUGCAACCUUGCUCCUCAGACCUUAAUGCAGUAGCUGCCCGCUGCCAGUGGGUAAACAAAUCUGUAUCACAUAGUCUAUUUCUCAAAUGAGGAAACGACCAGUGGCAACGUUAAGGAGCACUUUUUACCCAUUCAACGUUGAAAAGGAGGGUUUUAAAAUUGUAUUUUUUUUUUCCAGUUCUGUAUUCUACUUGAAAAUGUUUGCGAGUACACAGAGAGUUUCUCUUUAGUCGUCAGAUCGUUUGAAACAUGUUACUCGCAAUCAUCAGGUUUAAAAUAAAUCUGUACGUUUAGGCUAUGAUGUCUAAAGGAGGGGUGGGGAACCUGAGAGCCACAUACAAGCCCGCGGGACUUAGCAGUUCUCCCAUUCCUGAGAUGUAUACAGCAAUUUGUAAUUGUUGUAUAUUUGUAAAAAAAAAAAAAGUUGUCCUCACUUACAUGUGGUUGACUGAUUCGGCAAUUCAAACCUCUAAUAGGAUUUGACUAUUGAUUUGACUUUUCUAGCUACCGACGGAGAUAAAGAUUUCAAAAUGUCCACUGGUGCUACAGCCCAACCGGCUAUAUUGGGAAAAUAUAAAAACAGUGAAAUAUUAAAAAAAAAAAAUCAUACAUGCUUUUGGGAGUACACUUUGUAGUUAUUUUUUUUUUAAAAUGUACUUUGGAAUAUCGUUGGAAAAAAUUCUCAUGACACCAACAAGGUUGAGAAUUUGUGCUUCAAAUUUCACAAACCCUAAAAGGCAGAGAACUGCUCACAGCAGCUCAUUUGUUAAAUAUCCUAAAGACAUGAUAAUUGUCAUUUUUUUCAUACAUUUAUUCAGAUGAAAUGGCCCCGUAUAGGAAAAGAGUUCCCCACCCCUGUAGUCAUGUAUGGGAGAUACUUUAUAUGAUACAAGCUUGUGGCAGCCUCGUGAAGGAGACUGCGAAUUCCUGAUUGAGCAAAGGAAAUUGAGCGUUGUGUGUUUUACAUUACUUUGUACGGGAACCCUUGACUUGUGACUAUGAAUAUUCUUGGUGACGCCUUACCGCACGUUUGUUGCCCACUCAAAUGCCUGAUUCCCCCCCCCCCGUCCACGGUCGUGGCACAACUUCCUUUUAUCAGCCCAUCCCUUACUGCCUAACGUAUUAUUUGUAAAUUUAGCAUGUUGUUUUUCAUACCAAGUUAUGUUGGAAUAACCCCAUCACAAAAAGGCCUGCUGUUUUUUUGAGUUGCUCACUUUAAAAAAUUGUCAUUUCACAGCAUCGUAACAGCUUAGCAUUUACCUCAGUUUCUCACCAUUGAACCUCUUUGUUGGGUUGAACCCAUCACCUCCACGAUGUACCACGGAGUUUUUUUUUUUUGUGUCAUGGAAGGAUUUGCAAAUAAAGAUGAACAGAUGUUUUGAAACUGUUUAUCUUUUGGUCUUUGACUAGCUGCAUCAAUGUAAUGCCGCAACAGUUGUGCGUGUCAUUUACAGUGGUCACUUACCAGUUUAUUAUUGUAAUUUAUUUUUAGUAAGAAAAAAUAGCACUGUACAAGAUUGUACUUUUAUAAAACUAGUACACACUUUCACGCUUCAAUUCAAAGAUUGUUGUGAUGCUCCUGGCUAUGAGCACUUUAGCCAGCAGGGGGCACGACAAUAUAGAAACAUAUUACACGUUCCUGCAGUAAUAUUAGUUUUCCAAAGGAUAAAAACUGCAUACCUGUGAGUAUUGUAUGCUCUGAAUGGGCUGCUACUGUUUGUGUUUAACAAUUUGUACAAAGUUAGAUUUAUAACUACUGUAGUAGCAUUGCUAGCUUCGUUAGCCCAUCCAAAGGUUUCUCUGAUCGUGUUCACAUUAAGCUAGCGCACUUUUGUAAGUUCUAUGGUUUGGUGAAAUACACAAAUAUUAAAUGCACAAAACUAACUUUCUGAAUACUUCUGGAUAGGAGUGGGGAAGCAGAGGAGUUCACUUAACUGAAAGUAGGAUUUGUUAAUCACACUAAUCUGAAAUGUUUUUUUGUACAUUAUUGCCCAUUCCCUACAUUGUUUAUUAUUGUUAUUAUUAUUUUUGCUUUUUCUUGUUCUUUUUUUUCCUCUUUUUUAAUGAAGCUGUUCCUAAGUAAGCCACAGUCUAUUUUCUGAGAGAGUCCUUGGCCUAGUUCACCUCCACCAUGAACAUCCUCCUGAAUUUAGGUCCUGUAAAUGUGGGGGUCGUUAAUUAGAUUUACCGUCAUAAUUAGACUCUUUUAAAUGUAGACCUCUGUUCAAUAUUUUUUUUUUGUAAACAAUUCUCAUGUACCCUUUUGUUGUUUGUACAUCUUCAUGUGUUCAUGAUUUUGUCUUCCUACUAAUUGUCUUACGUGCAUCGAAUUUUGUACAUAUUCCAAUCGACCAGCUUGCAUUGUUUACCAUCACUUUUCUUUUUGUUUCACCACUCGUGUUGAAUACCUAACUCGUGUGUCAUUGCUGACAAAUUCUCGGCCAAGACAUUGUGAUAUUUAAACUGAUUCAACCGAUGAAAAAUGUUAAACGCUGCUGCGGUGACCAAUUCAUCAUUCUGGGCUACAGCUGUGCUGAAACCAAACUAGUGGAAGACAAACCAUUCCAGCAGCUGUUGUUUGCAAACUGCAGGUGUUGUCAGUUAAUAGUCUUAAACACGUCGCAUCCUCACAGCACGUGACUGGAAAUGGCUCGGCUCUUUUAGUCACAUUUCCGGACAUUGUUUCUUUUUCCAGUCCGAAACAAGUGUCUGAAAACCGCCAAAUGAAAGACAAGUUUUGAAAUGAAAAUGUGAAAUGUC